GGGUGUCUGAGGGAGAUGGAGAGCUCGGAGGCUGACACGUUAGGCGGCGGUGUUCGCUCUGAUUAACACAAUAAAUACUGAGAUUAAGGUUCUGUUUGCCUCAGUAACUGCGGUAUAAACACUGAGGUAACAGCUUCACUGUCGUCGGAGCCCCAGUGAUGGCGGCCCUGUCGGAAGAGGUGCUGUUGGUGGUGAAGAGGGUCCGGCAAAGGAAACAGGAUGGAACACUUUAUCUUAUGACUGAGCGCAUAGCCUGGGGCCCAGAGGGAAAGGAUCGCUUCACAGUCAGCCACCUGUACGCUGACAUCCGCUGUCAGAAGAUUAGUCCUGAUGGAAAAGCAAAGAUCCAGCUUCAGUUGGUACUACACACAGGAGAAAGCACCACUUUCCACUUUGCUAAUGAAAGCACAGCUCUAAAAGACCGGGAUGCUGCCAAAGACCUCUUGCAGCAGCUCCUGCCCAAGUUUAAAAAGAAAGCUAACAAAGAACUAGAGGAGAAAAACAGGAUGCUGCAGGAGGAUCCGGUGCUGUUUCAGCUCUAUAAGGAUCUGGUAGUGAGUCAGGUUAUCAGUGCAGAGGAAUUCUGGGCCAGUCGACUAAAGCUGAAUUCUGUCGAUCAUGCUCUUUCCAACAACAACAAGCAGGAAGUGGGAAUAUCGGCAGCUUUCUUGGCAGACAUUAGGCCCCAGACUGAUGGAUGUAAUGGCUUGAAAUACAACCUGACCUCUGACAUCAUUGAAUCAAUCUUCAGAACCUACCCUGCAGUUAAACAGAAGUAUGCUGAAAAUGUGCCUCACAACCUGACGGAGAAAGAAUUCUGGACACGAUUCUUUCAGUCACACUACUUCCACAGAGAUCGCAUCAACACUGGCCAGCAGGAUAUUUUUUCGGAGUGUGCCAAGCAGGAUGAGAAAGGUCUGAAGUCCAUGGUUGUUCAAGGUGUUAAGAACCCAAUGGUGGACCUAAUGUCUCUGGAGGAUAAAACAUUAGAUGAGGGCUAUGGAUCUUUAACAGCUCUUCCCAACUCAAGUAAAACUGUAAAGGAGAAUAGCAACUCUGCCAUCAUUAAACGCUUCAACCAUCACAGUGCCAUGGUGCUGGCAGCUGGCCUACGCAAAGUAGAGGCAUCCAGUGACCAGGCCAGUGAGACCAGUAGCACUGAUGGAAAUUCCAGAGACUCAGACUUCUUCCAGCCUCCGAUUAAAAAGGUGAAAUUGCAAGAGGCUAUUGAGUAUGAGGACUUGCAGAAUGAGUCUGGGCCUAAAACCAUUGCUUUGAACCUGAAAAAAUCUGACAGGUAUUCCCAUGGCCCAGUUCCUCUGCAGUCUCAUCAUUACUCCACCAGUCAGGAUAUCAUCAAUUCAGUCAGCUGCAUUCAAGAAGAGAUAAGCUGCUAUAAACCCUGCCUUACUCGGGUGAUGUCCAGCAGUGCUGCUAGUUCAGCUAUUACAGCCCUCUCUCCUGGAGGAGUACUAAUGCAAGCUGGAGCCCAGCAGACUAUCAGUCAGUUGGUUUCCACUGAUGUUCAGAGUGAGCUAAAGCACUUGUACACAGCAGCAGGAGAGCUGCUACGGCACUUCUGGUCCUGUUUUCCAGUGAACACACCCUUCCUGGAAGAAAAGGUUGUCAAGAUGCAGUCCAAUUUGGAGAGAUUCCAGUCGACUAAGCUCCACCCAUUUCAAGAAAAGAUCCAGCGGGAGUACUUGAGUACCAACCUGACCAACCAUGUGGAAGAGAUGAUCCAAGCAGCCUAUAACAAGUUCCAUGCCUGGCAGACGCGCCGUAUGUUGAGGAAAACUUGAAGGAAGAGAAGCUGGACAUAAUCAUUUGAAAGAGGCAAUAGGCUAUAGGGGAAAAUGGAAAGAGGGAGAAAGAACUGGCUCUCCCUUUUUAGGCCAGCAGGGCCGCUCCACCCAGAGUUGAACGUGUAGAGGGAGAGGCCAUCUAUGUCUAGAUGGACAGGACUUGACUCUCUCCAGUUUGGUCCAUGUGGAGAUGGACUGCACCAAUCACAAUAACUGUAGUUUUUUUUUCAUCGCUCUUAUUUUGUUUGUAAUGUUUAACUUUGUUUUGCUUUUUUCUCUCCCUUAUGUUUAGUGGUUGAGAAGUUGUCUGGCUUCCUAGUUAAGAGUGGAAUCAGACAUGUACUUUGACAGUGUUGAAUUUUAUGACCAAACUGUGGGCUUAAUGAUACCAGAGGAAGUAUUCUCAGGAACUUAAAAUGUUCAAUGCAAUGGACUUUGUGUGAUGGGGAAUUUUUAAAUGAUGCACAGAAAUGGACUAAAAGACAAAGCGGACUUUAUAUCAUAUACCAAUUUAUACCAUGUCAGUGCAAAGCAGUAUGGCUCUGUAGAGACUUUGGGUGCACUGGACACCCCGAGGUCCGUGUGAGGGAGGGGGUAUGAAUAAAGCAAUACUGUAAAAAUACUUUUUCUAUAGUGCAUUACUGAAGUGUGCUACGUGCAUACAGUCAGCUGCACUGCUCUGUGUCUAUCCUAACUGCACUGAAGACAAAUUUCUGGAUGUUACUCAAAAUAAAGUCAUUGAGAUUCCUACUGUACUCA